AAACAAACUUAAAAGAUGGCACAUUUGAAAACGUCUUCUUAUGCCCUAUAUUUCUCCUUUCUUUUGAUCCUCCUAAGUCAUGAGGCUAAAGGAGCCACCUUCGAGAUUCGCAACAACUGCCCCUACACAGUUUGGGCAGCCGCCUCACCAGGAGGCGGUCGUCGCUUGGACAGAGGUCAGACUUGGGUUCUAAAUGUUGCAGCCGGCACCAAGAUGGCUCGUAUCUGGGGCCGGACUAACUGCAAUUUUGACGGCAGUGGUAGGGGUCAUUGUCAGACAGGCGACUGUGGCGGGGUCCUCCAGUGUACCGGAUGGGGACAACCUCCUAACACCCUGGCAGAGUACGCUCUUAACCAAUUCAACAACCUCGAUUUUUGGGACAUCUCAGUCAUCGAUGGAUUCAAUAUUCCCAUGGAAUUUGCCCCGACUAGGACAGGACCGGGCAAGUGUCACCCGAUCUCUUGCACUGCUAACAUUAUAGGGGAGUGUCCUAACCAAUUAAGGACCCCGGGUGGAUGUAAUAACCCAUGUACUGUUUUCAAGACCCCUCAAUACUGUUGCACCAAUGGGCCUUGUGGUCCCACAGAUUUAUCAAGGUUUUUUAAGCAGAGGUGUCCGAAUGCCUAUAGUUACCCUCAAGAUGAUCCCACCAGCACCUUUACAUGCCCAGGUGGUACUAAUUAUAGGGUUGUGUUUUGCCCACUUGGUGCCGCUCAAGAUUUACCUAUUGAAGAAAUGUAUGAAAUUAAAGAAGUUGGGCAGGAAGAAUAAUCUAGUCAUUAGGUCUUGUCACUUUAAUGUGACUUAUCAAUAUUAAGCGUCCAAAUAAGAUCUUAAAUAAUGGGACAUUGUUAAACCUUUUAUUUUCUUGUAUUUCCUCGUCUCAUAAUAAUGAUCAACAUCAGCUGUCACUUUGUGAUAUAAUAAAUGCUUCUUUAUUAUAAUAUUUAAUUCCUAAAUCGUUCCUA